AUGGCCGACCACUCCCUUCCCACCGCCGACAAAGAAAUAGCAAAGGCCGACUUUGGGGAUGAAGUGACCCAGGCCGACAGUAUAGCAACCAUAAAUGCGCUGGUAAUUGAAGACCACUCCCAUGAAAUCAAGCUUCGGACCAUGUCGUGGAAGAAGGCGGCGUGGUUGCUGUGUGGCGAUCAAGUCGGUCUUGCCAUCAUGGCUCAAGCAUGGUCGCUCUCUGUUCUGGGCUGGGUCCCAUGGGCUGUUACCACCAUUCUUGCUGGCUCCCUCUUCUGGGUCACCUCCAUGACUAUGCACAAGUAUCUCAUGAAAUACCCUCAAAUCCGGGAUAUUUGCGACUUUGGCUUCCAUAUUUUUGGCAGAAGCCGCGUUGCUUAUUGGGUGACAGCUUUCAUGCUGCUGGCCAACAAUAUCCUCCUGAUCGGCUUUCACGUUCUCACAGGGGCAAAGGUCCUUAACGUCCUAUCAGACCACUCACAAUGCAGUGUCGUCUUUGCUGUGAUUGUGAUGAUCAUGGGGAUCUUGACCUCCAUCACUAGAACUUUACACCAUAUAUCAAUCAUGUCACUCGUCUCUGGUGACUUGUGCGAUGACAAUAUCCCUCCUCUCUUUAUGAUAUUCGCUGGAGUCGAGAAAACCCCUCUCCAUGGAUAUCAUGGUGACUAUCCCACGGCCAGACUCGUCAAGACAUAUGCCUUUCCGUUGCUCGGAACCACCUGGGUCGACUGUAUGAACGCCACCUUGAACGUCACGUUCCUUUGGGUGCCUCAAAUUCUCUUUCCGCAAUUUAUCGCCGAAAUGGAGAGGCCUCAGGACUUCCCAAAGGCUCUUGCAGUCCUUCUCGGCGUAACAACAAUCCUAUUCACGGUGCCACCUGCGAUUAGCUUUCACCUCCUCGGCCAGUACUCUGUGGCCCCAGCUUUUGGUAGCUUAAGAGUUUCUGCCUACGAAAAGGCUUCCUCGGCGUUUGUCAUUGUACCCACUCUGGUCAUUGGAAUCAUAUACUCGAAUACGACCGCCAAAUUUAUCUAUCAUCGAGUCCUGGGCACAUCAAGACACACCCACAGUCACACAGUGGUUGGUUGGGCCGUUUGGGGUCUCAUCGUCUCUGGUGUCUGGAUCCUCUCCUUCAUUUUCGCCGAAGUCAUACCUAGUAUGGGAGAUUUCUUGUCCCUUUUGAGUGCGGCCUUCGACUCCUUCUUCGGCUACAUCUUCUUCGCGAUCUGCUACUGGCAGUUAUACCAAGGUCGUUGCUUCCAGACGUUCGGUAGAAGUGUCAUGACGCUUAUCCAUAUCUUCGUCAUGAUCGUCGGACUAUUUAUUCUUGGGCCAGGGCUCUACGCAGCUGUAAAAGCCAUCGUCGCCGACUACUCGGGCGCUACGAGCCCCGCCUUUAGUUGUGCAGAUGUGUCUUUCUGA